UAAUUCCGCAGUAGGUGAAGACUGAAAAUUGGGUAUAAAUGAACCAAUUCUCUCUAUCACCAUUCGCGCCGUUCUCUUCUUCUCUUUCCUUCAUUUCACUUCGUUCUCUCUCUCUCCCCUUUCCAUCCUUCACUACCAAACCUCGCUUUUCCUUCUCAUACUUCCGUCUUACAGUUCAUUCUAGUACAAGAACGAUGGCAUCACACAUUGUUGGGUACCCCCGUAUGGGACCUAAGAGAGAGCUGAAGUUUGCCUUGGAAUCCUUUUGGGAUGGAAAAAUCAAUGCAGAGGAGUUGCAAAACGUGGCCCAUAGUUUAAGGACAUCUAUUUGGAAACAGAUGUCUGAUGCUGGGAUUAAGUAUAUUCCUAGUAAUACCUUCUCAUACUAUGAUCAAGUAUUGGACACCACCGCAAUGCUUGGUGCUGUUCCCCCUAGAUAUGGAUGGAAUGGCGGAGAGAUUGGAAAUGAUGUUUACUUUUCGAUGGCUCGUGGUAAUGCCGAUGUUCCUGCUAUGGAGAUGACUAAGUGGUUUGACACCAACUACCAUUACAUUGUCCCUGAGUUGGGUCCUGACAUGAAGUUCACAUACGCGUCUCACAAGGCCGUGGAUGAGUAUAAGGAGGCUAAAGCUCUUGGAGUUGAAACUGUACCAGUGAUUGUUGGUCCAGUGUCUUACCUGCUGUCAUCAAAGCCAGCAAAGGGAAUUGAGAAAUCUUUCCCUCUUCUUUCUUUACUCGACAAAAUUCUUCCUGUCUAUAAGGAAGUGAUUUCUGAACUUAAGGCUGCUGGUGCAUCCUGGAUUCAGUUUGAUGAACCUAAACUUGUCAUGGACCUCGAUGCUCAUCAAUUGCAAGCCUUCACACACGCCUACUCGGAGCUAGAAAGCGCUUUGUCAGGGUUGAAUGUUCUCAUUGAAACCUACUUUGCUGAUAUUCCCACGGAAGCAUACAAAACUCUUACUUCAUUGAAGGGUGUAACUGCUUUUGGAUUUGAUCUGGUUCGGGGCACAAAGACCCUUGAUUUGGUCAAGGGUGGAUUUCCUUCUGGAAAGUAUCUUUUUGCUGGAGUAGUGGAUGGGAGGAACAUUUGGGCUAAUGACCUUGCUGCUUCUCUUAGCAGCUUGCAGUCUCUUGAGGGCAUCGUCGGAAAAGACAAGCUUGUCGUAUCUACUUCAUGCUCUCUUCUUCACACUGCCGUUGAUCUGGUGAAUGAGACUAAGUUGGACUCAGAGCUCAAGUCAUGGCUUGCUUUCGCAGCUCAGAAAAUUAUCGAGGUCAAUGCCUUAGCUAAGGCAUUGUCUGGUGAGAAAGAUGAGGCCUUUUUUUCAGCAAAUGCUGCCGCUUUAGCUUCAAGAAAAUCUUCCCCUAGAGUGACUAAUGAGGCGGUUCAGAAGGCCGCUGCCGCGUUGAGGGGAUCUGAUCAUCGUCGUGCCACAACUGUGAGUGCCAGGUUGGAGGCUCAACAGAAGAAGUUAAACCUUCCACUCCUACCUACCACCACAAUUGGUUCUUUCCCUCAAACCAUGGAUCUCAGAAGAGUCCGCCGUGAAUUCAAGGCUAACAAGAUCUCUGAGGAAGAGUACGUGACAGCUAUUAAGGAGGAGAUUAGCAAGGUUGUUGAACUCCAAGAAGAGCUUGACAUAGAUGUUUUAGUCCACGGAGAGCCAGAGAGGAAUGACAUGGUUGAGUACUUUGGGGAGCAACUGUCGGGCUUUGCCUUCACUGUUAACGGGUGGGUACAAUCCUAUGGAUCUCGUUGUGUCAAGCCUCCUAUCAUCUAUGGUGAUGUGAGUCGGCCCAAUCCCAUGACAGUCUUCUGGUCCACAAUGGCUCAAAACAUGACAAAACGGCCCAUGAAGGGAAUGCUUACUGGCCCUGUUACAAUUUUGAACUGGUCGUUUGUCCGAAAUGAUCAGCCCAGGUUUGAGACCUGCUAUCAGAUUGCUUUGGCCAUCAAGGAUGAGGUUGAGGAUCUUGAGAAGGCUGGCAUCACUGUCAUCCAAAUUGAUGAAGCCGCAUUGAGAGAGGGUUUGCCUUUGAGGAAGUCCGAGCAGCCUUUCUACUUGGAUUGGGCCGUGCACUCGUUCCGGAUAACCAACUGCGGGGUUCAAGAUACAUCUCAGAUUCACACCCAUAUGUGUUACUCUAACUUCAACGACAUCAUCCACUCGAUUAUUAACAUGGAUGCUGAUGUGAUUACCAUUGAGAACUCAAGAUCAGAUGAGAAACUCCUUUCAGUCUUUCGUGAGGGUGUCAAGUAUGGUGCGGGUAUUGGCCCAGGUGUCUAUGAUAUCCACUCCCCCAGAAUCCCGUCCACAGAUGAAAUUGUGGACCGCGUCACUAAGAUGCUUGCAGUCCUUGAAUCCCAUGUCCUUUGGGUUAACCCUGACUGUGGUCUGAAGACACGGAAGUAUGGUGAAGUCAGGCCGGCCCUUACCAACAUGGUUGCUGCCGCUAAGGCUGUUCGCACCCAGCUUGCGAGCUCUAAAUGAGUCAACAUCGUCACAAAAUUUGAGAAAAUAAAAUGAGAGCGGAAGAAAAGUGUUUAUAUAGUAACAACUUUAAUAUAAGUUUGUCUUUCAAAUGCAGGCUGUUUAUGUAAUCCUAUUCUUGUUUUCUUUUCAUCUGUCAUUUCUUUCAUGUUUUUUCACUUGAGGGCACAAUGUGAGCUCUUCAAAUAUAUGGAAUGAAAAUAUUACUAUUUCAGUUGUAAAUAAAUGCUCCUUGUUCUAA